AUAGAUAAGUUAUACAUAAACAUGAUAAACAAAGUCACCAUUUCUACCUGCUGUCCUGCAUUGACGUGUCGACAUGUUGUGUGAUCAAUAUGUGUAUUUCAAAUUUCAAUAAAUUCCUAAGUGCAUUAAAAGGAAAUGUGACCAUAUUUACAUGUAUGCCAUGAGAAUGAAGAGGACCAUUAACUGGACCAGUAUGGGUUUUCUCCGAAAGGUGAUGAUUUCUAUACCUCUGUUAGUAGUGUGUAUACUAAUCAUCAGGACGCAGUAUUUUAAUAUCAGAAGCAAUGUAAUCGAUGCAGAUAACCAAACACCGCAAGAGAAAAUAGACUAUAUUGCUCAAUACCUAGAUGUCCGAUGGACUGUGAAAGAAAAUCUACAUACGCAUGCCAAACAUAUGUUAGUUUUUAAAAAUACUGGUACACAUACUAUAAAAGAUAAAUCGUGGAAAAUUUACUUUCAUCACAUUCGGAUAGUAGAACCAUUACUAGAAAUGGUUGACGACAGAUAUCAACACAAUGUUCUUCUGGGACAAUCAGGCCUGAGAAUUUCGCAUGUUUCCGGUCUGUCGUAUUACAUAUUUCCAGAUAGUGUAUUAUUUAAACCAUUAAAACCUUCCGAAGAGUUAUCGAUUCCGAUAAUGUCAUCACAUUUCCAACUGUCUAAAACUGACGCAUUUCCAAACUGGUAUGUAACUGGUCCUAAUUCAUCCCCACAGAUUAUCAAAAGUACCGAGGGAGAAGAUUUGAAAUUUGUUUCCUCUUUUAAUCACCCCCAUCAGUGGAAGAGAAGUAAAGAAGAUAGACAUAAUCCGUAUACUGCGAAGGAUCGAUACAAUAUGAGCAAACACAGUUUUGAGGAUCUAGGUAAAACAGGGAAAAUUAUCAUACCAACGCCGGAGGAAGUCCAUGUGUCGAAAAAGUCGGUUGUAUUUGAUACUUCCAAAUGGAUUAUAUUGAGUUCUGUUGAUUUUCCAUCCGAAGUCCAGUUUCUAGCUGAUAAACUUGGGAUGAAGAUAGCACAGAAAACAGAUAAUGACAAAUUCAUUCAGUUUACUAAAGGAUCGCCAACAUUCCAUAAAAAUAUCCGAGAAGAUAAUGAUGAAGCUUACGAAUUGCGAGUCGAUGCCGAAGCACGGAAAAUAUCCAUCACAGCACCUACAAAUCAUGGUGCCUUUAAUGGUUUGCAAUCAUUACUUAGCUUGGUUGACGAAUCAGUCCAUUCCAAUGCGAGGUCUUUACAAGAUGUACAUAUAAAGGACAGACCAAGGUUUACAUAUCGAGGAUAUAUGGUUGACUUGUCUAGAAAUUUUCAUGGGAAAGAAACAAUAAAGGAGUUACUGGAUAUAAUGGCUAUAUACAAACUAAAUAAAUUACAUCUCCAUUUGUCAGACGACGAUGGGUGGAGAAUACAAAUUCCUGAGAUACCAGAACUUACAAAACUUGGUUCAAACAGAUGUCACGACGAGAAUGAAACUAUAUGUCUGAUGCCUUCACUGGGUUCUGGACCUCACAAAACCAGUCUUGGUUCUGGCUAUUAUACUGUCAAAGAUUAUCAAGAAAUCCUAGAAUAUGCCAAUCGACGCCAUAUUCAAAUUAUACCGGAAAUUGAUAUGCCGAGUCACAUGCGCGCAGCACUAAAAUCGAUUACACUGCGUCAACAAAAUCACAAAGAAGAAGGAGACUUGUAUAAAAUGACAGACAAAGAAGAUGGCAAUAAUUAUCGCACUGCUCAGGGAUUCAACGACAACUCUGCUAACCCAUGUCGUCAAGGUCUGUAUAACUUCAUUGAUGUAGUGCUGAGAACACUCGUAUCCAUACACAAGGAUAUACAACCUUUGACCUUGUUUCACUUUGGAGGAGACGAGGUACCAGCACGUGCCAUGCAUGACAUGAAAUGUUCUGUAAAUCGAAAUGAUAUAAAGCAAUACUUCAUCGAGCGAAUUGUUGGUAAUACCAAAUUUAAAGAGUUGUCGUAUGCUGCUUGGGAGGACGGACUUUUGAAUAAAGAUAAAUCACCACAUUCUUUGGAAAGUUUGGGUGUGAAAGCAAGAGACUUGUAUGCCUUUGUAUGGACAGAAACGAAUAAAGCCUUGUUUAAAGUAGCAAAUGCAGGAUACAAGGUGGUGAAUUGCCGAGGAGCCUUUCUAUAUUUUGAUCAUCCUUAUGAACCAGAUCCAGAGGAAAGGGGUUUAUACUGGGCUACUAGAUAUAUCAAUACUAAAAUGGUAUUUGGGUUUGAUCCAUUUAAAGGCAAAAAAGGUUAUGGUUCCCUGGACAAACCAGAAAAUAUUGUAGGCAUGCAAGCUCAGCUGUGGACUGAAUUAAUCAGAACAAAAGAACAAUUUGACUACAUGACAUACCCACGUCUACAAGCAAUGGCUGAGCGGGCAUGGCAUAGGGAAGAAUGGGAAACAACAGGGGAUAAGACAGAGUUUGAACGUGAUUGGAUAAAGUUUGCCAACAGUCUUUCCUAUAGGGAACUCCCCAAAUUGGACAGAAUGCACGUGAAGUAUCGUGUACCCCCUCCAGGUGCAAUAAUCAAAGACGGAAUCUUGCAUGUUGCAUCUGUGUUCCCAGGACUUCCAAUAGAAUAUAGUGUGAAUACAGGUAGUCAGCCUCUAGUCUGGUCCAGGGUAAAAGGAGGAGAACGAAUAACAGAAACAAUUAUUUUACGAACGUUAUCAGCAGAUGGAAAACGUCACAGCAGAGAGGUCUACGUUCAUCCAUAAGUUCUGGAGAAUCAUAGAAGCGUACGUAACACUCAUAUAAGAAGGACCAGAAAAAUAUAGAUUCUGGACAUAGAAAGAUGGGUAUACAGAGAGCAUUUUCAAGGAAAAUGCUACUCAGAUUAAUUAUGUCUUAAAUGCAAAAUGCUUUCAGGUGCUAACAAACUUUAAAUAUUGCCUUAUGUACAUUAUCAUCAUCAUCAUCAUCAUCAUCAUCAUCAUCAUCAUCAUCUAUCUGAAUAUGAAAUAUUAUAAUGGUGCUUUUACAUUCCUACAAAUAAUAGCAAGGGUAAUUUCCUUCUUUCUAGUACACAUUGCUUUAAUGGAGACUCGUAUCUAGAUUUGACUAGUAUGUUAUGCAUAUUAUGGACAAGUUACUGUUCUGUCUGAUUGUUAUGGUCAUGUGCAAAUGUAUGUUAUAUAUUUAUGUGAUGUCUUCAAAAUAUAAUGUGAUAUAAUUUUAAGGAUCCUUUAGCUACUUUCUUUUUUUUUUGACAUGAAGCAAUACAGUUCUUCCGUAAGUUGGCAUUUUCUAGUCAUUUAUAACCGAUAUUUAAAAUAACUCCAUUGUAUGUUGCAUGUCUUAGCCUUAUGUACCAUUCGGGAUGAAGAGGAUAAGUAAGUAAAUAAUGUUGCAUGUCUAAAUUUUCAUUUUACUGUUGUUUAUAUGUGUACAAUGUAUGAGGGUAUGCCAGGGUGAUUGUUGAUUAAGCCAAUUUUGCACAAUGUUUAUGUAUGUGCACAUUGAAGAAUAAACAAAGUUGAUUAAUUGAAACGGUAUCUGUGAAAAUAUAAUUGAACGAUUUUAGCUGUUUUGAUUGAGAAACUAUUGUUUUGAACUAUUCUUCCUUAUUUUACUGUCUUCCAUAAAAAUGUAUUGUAAGAUGAACAAUUUGUGGCUUUAGAUUGUUGCUAAAAUUUUUAAUUGAAUUGUUAAAUUAAAUGUACUUAUAUGCAUUCCAAUAUAUUGUGCUAUAAACAAAAUAAACAAAAUGUGUAUGUGGAAAACAUAUAAA